UCUUCUUCACGAUUAUGCUGUGGAUGUUAAAAGUCGUACUGUACGUACAUUAAAAUUAAUAAUUGCCGUAAGUGUUAUGGCUGAUGUUUUAGGAGUCGUUUUCAGACGGUUUGCGUCAGGAACCCGUGAUUUAAUAUUUCCCUUUGAUAUAGAAGGCAACACGCUGGUGCUCGGGGAUGUAAAUACCAGCAGGUCUGUGUUGUUUCUCGCAGCGGUCACAGCUGCCACUGAUUUGGGCCUCAAAGUGCUGUUUUUCACACAGAGCCCUUUUCAGACUCUACCGGUGUCUCUGAGGGCUUCCGUGCCUGGACUCAAACUAGAGAGUCUCAAGAACGUGAGGUUUGUGUAUGCGAAGACUCUAGAGGAUCUUCUGGAGGAUGUGGCGUCUCUUCAUCAGCUGGCGUCUGAAGCCGCGUCUCUACCGUCUUUGAUUAUAGUGGACGCUCUGGACCAGUAUCUUCAAGCGGGACCUCUACAGGAUGACCUGAGCCCUGUGGCCCACAUUGCAGCCCUCCUGCACGACACGGCAGCGUUUCUGACACAGAUCCAGCAGAGCAGAGCAGGCGGACAGGGCCUGUGCAGAGUCAUGCUGUCCUGUCAGGCCGAGGGUGAAGGCCGUGGGGAAUCAGCGGAGAUCCUCCUGUCUGUUCUGGACCGGUAUCUGCAGGUGAGGUGCACGCUGGAGGAGGUGACGGGACAGACAGGUCAGAGCGAGUGGCAGGUGUAUCUGUCCUUCACAAAUCCUGCACCGGCCAUCCAGGGCCAGCAGUGGCACAUGAUGCUGCAGGCAGGAGGAGCUCUGGAGUUUCGUCCAGUCAGCACUUGAGAGCAGGAGAUUCUAGAGCAAACACAACUGAGGGAUGUGGAGAGGGCAGGUGGUGUGACUGCAAUCACUGGACUGGUCCAAGAACUCCAGUAGCCUUUAUAAGAAACGCCGUCCGGUUUGACACGGACCCACACCUUGUAUCUGGUGUCAGGCUGUAAACCACGCAAAACCAGCAUGGUGCUGGCUUUGGUCUCCUCCACCUACAGAAGACAAACUGAUGAGUUUCAACAAGGAUAAAAACACACCUCCAAUCAAACGUCUGGAAAAAAUGUAAUGGUUUUUGAAAAGUCCCUUAAGCUGAUGAAGCUGCAUUUAUUUGAUUAUAAAAUACAGUAAAAACUGAAAUAUUGUGAAAUGUUUGAACAGU